UCAUCCAGAUCAACUCUUCCAGUCGAAGUAUCCAGCCUUUCCCGGUUGAACCCAGUGGUCCGGCCCUUAAGCCGCUUGCGGUGCCCUGAACUGAAAAGGUGAAAAUCCAAACAGCCGAUGGAUCUCCUCUCCGCCGCGUACGGCUCUACCUCCGACGACGACGCCGAUGACCAACCCUCCACCCCGGCCGGCGCGGAGCUCGCCUCCGUCGCUUUCGCACCACCUCCCCCGAAGCGGCCGCGGUGGGAGCCUCACCCGUACUUCUCUCCUCCCCCUCCCCAAGCAAUCCCUCAACCGCCCCCGCCCAACGCAGCAGCGCCGCUGGCAUCUAUAGCUAGUGGUAGGUACGUCUCCAAGAGGGAGCGCGCCCUCCUGGCGGCGUCUCGGGCACCCGCGGACUCCGCAUCACAGCUUCCUCCGCCGGCGACAGCAGAGUUCGAUUCCACAUUUGGAUCCAUCACUGAUUCAAAUCUGCGAGGUGACAUUUUGCAUUCCUUGCAAUGCCAACCGAAGCCUGGAUCAAGCAAAAGUUUGCCAUUGAAGCUCUCAGUUUCUUUGAAGGGUCACAUUAAGACAGUCAAUCGGGUAGAUUGGUCACCGAGUCAUGCACAUCUUCUCGCUUCUGCUGGGAUGGAUCAUACAGUCCAUGUAUGGAACGUAUGGGACAAAGGAAAUACUUCUGCUCGUGUUUUGAAAUAUCAUACUGGUGCUGUAAAGGAUGUGAGGUGGUCCCUUCAUGGGCCAUCUUUACUUUCUGGAGGGUUUGAUUGUUCCUUACAGCUUGUUGAUGUUGUGGAGGGAAAAGUAAUGAAGGUAUUCAAGGAGGAUCAAGCUGUUGAGGUCAUCAAGUUCAAUCCAAGUAACCCCAAUCUCUUCCUAUCCGGUGGGUCCAAGGGUUCUCUUAGAUUGUGGGAUAUUCGAAGUGGUCUGGUAACUAAAGAAUUUCAUAGAAGUCUUGGAACCAUUCUUGACAUUGAAUUCAGUGCUGAUGGGAAACAGUUUAUCUCUUCAACUGACACAACCAGAAGCAAUAUUAGUGAGAACACUAUAAUUGUUUGGGAUGUCCUGCGACAAGUUCCUUUAUCUAACCAGGUUUAUACAGAAGCAUUCACAUGUCCGUGUGUAAGAUACCACCCAUAUGAAGCUUCAUUUGUUGCACAAUCCAACGGGAACUACAUUGCGAUAUUUUCAGCAAGGCCACCCUUCAAGCUAAACAAGUAUAUGCGGUUUGAAGGGCAUGGAGUGUGGGGUUUCCCGAUAAAGUGCAAUUUUUCGCUUUGUGGGAGAGAACUUGCAUCUGGUUCAUCCGAUGGAUGUAUUUAUUUCUACGAUUACAAGUCUGCAAGGCUUUUAAGGAAAACAGAAGCCUUCAAAGAAGCAUGCACUGAUGUUGCAUACCACCCUGUAAUGCCCAAUGUGAUUGCUUCAUGCAGCUGGACUGGUGAAAUAUCUGUUUUUGAGUGACAUAAACUGAUGCUUGUUAGAGAAGUAA